AUGGCUGAUUCAGGCCACCCAAAAAUAGAAGAUAACCCAAAGAUUCUGUCAGGGCCAGUCUUGACAAACUCACCUAACGCAGUAUUAUCCAAGACAUUGUUGGGACGUUAUAAUGACCUGCCGCUACCAGCCGACCGUAUCCUGGCCACGUACGUGUGGAUCGACGGUACUGGCGAACACUUGAGGUGCAAGGAUCGCACAUUAAACUUCAUUCCAAAAGCACCUAAAGAUUUGCCCAUAUGGAACUUCGAUGGCAGUUCGACCGGGCAAGCCGAGGGACAUAACUCGGACACCUUCCUCGUGCCACGCGCUAUAUACAAAGAUCCGUUCCGUCGUGGAAACCACAUACUUGUCAUGUGCGACACAUACAAGUAUAAUAUGGAGCCUACAGAGAGCAAUCAUCGUGUCAAAUGUCAAGAAGCAUACGACAAAUGCAAAGAUGAAGAGCCUUGGUUCGGUAUUGAGCAGGAAUAUAUUCUUCUGGACUCAGACCUGAGACCCUUCGGUUGGCCCCCAGGCGGCUUCCCCCCACCACAGGGCCCCUACUACUGCGGAGUGGGCGCUAACAAAGUCUUCGCCAGAGAUCUGGUUGAGGCACAUUACAGAUGCUGUCUGUUCGCUGGUGUUCCAAUCUGUGGCACCAACGCGGAGGUGAUGCCCUCCCAAUGGGAGUUCCAAGUGGGGCCCGCGGUCGGCGUGAGUGCCGCCGACGACCUCUGGAUGGCUCGCUACAUCCUACAUAGACUGGCCGAGGAGUAUGGAGUCAUUGUUACCUUUGACCCCAAACCCAUACAAGAUUGGAACGGCUCUGGCGCCCAUACUAACUUCUCAACCAAGAAAAUGCGGGAAGAAAAUGGUAUUAUUGAGAUCGAAAAGGCGAUCGACAAGUUGUCGAAGGUGCACAUGAAGCACAUCAAGGUGUACGACCCGCGCGGCGGCAAGGACAACGAGCGACGGCUCACCGGCCUGCACGAGACUGCCAGUAUUAACGACUUUAGCGCUGGCGUCGCAAGCCGUGCAAGCAGCAUCAGAAUACCGCGCGCGGUCGCCGAAGAGAAGAAGGGCUACCUAGAGGACCGUCGGCCGGCGUCCAACUGCGACCCGUACGCCGUCAUCGACGCUCUCAUGCGCACUUGCGUCCUCAACGAA